UCCUUCUUUCUGAGACUUUUUCUGUUUUCUAGGCAAGGAGAAUUUGCAAUUAUGAUGGUCUCAAAAGUUCUGAAGAGAUUGAGAAAGGCUAAGCUCAAUUUGUCUGACAAAUUAGUCGGAAUUGAAGACCGCUUGCCUGAGCUGAGAAGAAUGUUGGAUACUGACUCUGACUCUAGUGACGUGCGGAUGAUUGUCAUCUCCGGCAUUCCAGGCAUUGGUAAGACAAACCUCGCAAAAUCUCUCUACAACGAUAUCUGCCACCUCUUUGACCGUCACAGCUUUCUCGGUGAUAUUGGAGACACUACUGACAAGAAGGCUCUUCUAGCUUUGCAAAAUCAGUUGGUCUCUGACAUCGUCCAAAGGGACUCAGCAAAACUCAAAUCGGUUGAGGAAGGAAUCAGCUUCCUCAAAUUAAGAUUAAGCACCUGGAAAGUCCUCAUCCUUUUGGACGACGUGCAUGAGAAGUCUCAGCUUGAAGCUUUGGUUGGAAGUCUCGAUUGGUACGGUUCAGGGAGUAGGAUCAUUAUCACAACCAAAAGAGUUCUCAAUUUAUGUGAAAUAGCAGAAGCUGAUGACGUGGAAACUUACAAAGUCCCAGAGAUGGAGGAUAGUGAUGCUCUUAAACUUUUUUGUAGAUACGCCUUUGCUAAGGAUUGUCCAGAACAUGACUAUGUUGAUCUGUCUGAAAGAAUUGUGUCCGCUACUGGAAAACUUCCAUUAGCUGUUGAGCUCGUAGGUUCACACCUGUCUCUGCUUCGGGAUAAAAGAGGAGCUUGGGAAUCUCUACUGGAGAAGUUACAAAAUGUAACUGAUGAUAAAGUCGAGAACAAGUUGAGAAUAACUUACGAACAAUUAAACAGUUUCCAAUGGCAUAUUUUUCUCGACAUAGCUUGUUUUCUUUUUGGAGAGGAUAAAAGAAUCGCAUCGUACAUGUGGGAUGAGCUUAAAUUGUAUCCUUCUUUUGAAGUCGAGAUGCUUUGUCUCAUGUCCAUGGUAAAGAUUGGAGAUGACACUAGGAUGUGGAUCCACGAUCAGCUUAGGAAGCUGGGCAGGAAAAUUGUUCAAGAAGAUUGCAUGAAACAAGGGAACAACAGUAGACUAUGGGCCACUGAAGCUCGGAAGAUUUUUAAACAAGAUGAGAGCCAAAUGAAGGUUGAAGCUCUGUGGCUUGAGAUGGAUAACACUGAACAAAAAGACAUGGAUGGUCGAUCGCAGACCUAUUUGACUGGUGACCAAUUUAAAACAAUACCAAAUCUCCGUCUUCUCAUUUUGGAUCACUUUGACAUUAAGAAGGAUUUUAGAAAUCUUCUUUCAAAGUUACUUUGGCUCCGUUGGCAUGGCUGUCCGAGAGCUUUUAAUGUAAUCAAUUUGAACUUGGAGGUCUUGGUUGUUCUUGAUUUAUCGUGGAGCAAGGUAACUGAAGGUUGGGAGGGUUGGAAUAGUAUAAAGUUGGCAAGGAAGUUGAAAGUCUUAAUUCUCAGAGGCUGUGUUGACUUGAUACAAACUCCAAACUUCUCUAAUUUCGAGUCUUUGGAGAUGCUGAUUUUAGAAUAUUGCUCUCAUUUGGUUCGAAUCGACCCAUCGAUUGGUCAGUUGCAACGUUUGCAAAUUUUAGAUCUGAAAUUUUGCACUGACCUCGGUAACUUGCCCAGAGAACUUGAUUCUCUUGAAGCUUUGAGAGAGCUCCGACUUGAUGGAACUUAUAUAGAAGAUAUUCCGGUCUCCGAAGAUAUGAAGCAUCUUAAAACUCUCAGCGCCUGCAACUGUAAAUCAUUGGCACGAUUAUCCAGUGAAAUUGGUGACAUAAAAUCUCUAGAAUUUCUUUCGAUUGAUGGCUCUGAACUUACCACACUCCCGGAGUCAAUUAAAAGGCUAGAAAAGUUGAAACAACUGUCUUUGAGAGAUUGUCGAUUGUUGUGGAAACUUCCAGACGCCAUUGGAAAAUUGACAUCAUUAGAGAAUCUGGAUCUCUCGAGCACAGGAAUAGAUCAAUUACCACGUGCCAUUGGCAAUAUGUGAAAUUUGAAGGUGCUGAAAAUGGACGGAAGUUUCAUUAGAAAGUUCCCUCGAUCUAUCGGAAUGCUGAAGAAGCUUGAGGAGAUUCAUGCAUCACGCUGCAGGAGUUUGGAAAAAAUUCCUGAGGAGAUCAAAGGCUUGUCUCGUUUGAGAAAUUUGGUGUUGUCAGAUUCCAAUAUUCCCAGCCUACCAGGGAGCAUCUCUAGUCUUUCCCACCUUCAAAACCUUGAUUUAUAUGGCUGUGACAAUCUUCAUGAGGUUCCUCUGCUUCCCACUAGUUUAGCCACUUUGCAUCUCACUUAUGACUCAAGUAAAUUGAAGUCUUUGGAUAUUUCAAAUCUGACCAAUCUCAAAGAGUUGUACCUUGCCAAUAAUAUGGAGGAGGCAUCUCCCGGCACAGACGGAUAUUUGAUGGUGGAGCCAAUCAGCCUUUCGGGGAUUGGCAAAGUGACAAAAGUUGAGACCUUGAAAUUGUGCCUCCCAGGCUUCACUAAACUACCGGAAAUGGAUGCUCUCAAGCAGCUAAGGAAGCUUGAUCUUCAAUGUCCAGACCUACAACAUCUCCCACGACUACCCAAAAGUUUGAAAAAACUAACCCUCCGGGACUGCAAAUCCUUAAAGACAUUGCCGGAGCUUAAGUAUCUCAUGUCUCUAUCUGGAUUGGAGCUUCUGUUAUGUUCUGUAAUGGAAAUCGAAGGACUUCAAAAUCUCUCAUCCUUGGUAACCUUGCUUAUUUCUCACUGUGAGCUGGUAAAGCUAGACGGCCUCGAAUGCUUGACAUCCCUGAGAACAUUGACCAUCUCAUACUGUGAUUCCCUUCAAGGACUGCCAGAUUUGUCGAACUUGAAGAAGCUGAGAACGUGUCAUAUCCAACAUUGCAAGAACAUAACUCAAAAGGACAGCCUCUAGUAGUCGAGCUCCCUAGAAAGGCCAGAUAUUUGCGAAGGUCGUGGUACGCCUCUGGUCUAAAUGAGGACUUGAAAGAAAUCCAUUUCAUGCUUCCUCGAGCAAGUCUGAAGUUUCUGAGGCCAAUGUUCAUUCUAAAGGUCACGCGUCUUUUCAAUUUAAUGAUGAUCCAUAAGUUUCACUUGCAUUGUUGGACUUCCUUGUAACUGGAAUGCCUUCUUCUCGGAUAUUUCCAUUUUUCUUUCACUUCUUUAGAGAAUGCAAUAUUUUUCCUUUAUGAAGUUAUUCUCAACAAUGCCCAGCAAUUGCUUGGUAUACCACUUAACACUUUGACUUCAUUGUACCGUUUUCACAAAUAUGUGAAUGAGUGCAUGAAUCAGCAUUUCUGA